AUGCCGAAAUCUGUGAACCGCUGGCAGGUCGUUGUUGUCCGCGUGCAGCACCUUCCUGGUAGUGACCCGAAAAGCUCGCCCUUCCAGCGAGAUUCUCUGGAGAUUCUCAACAACAUGGUUUUCACAGAGGCAGUCUUGAAUUCCGGAUUUAGCACUACUUCCGAUAGCCAUCAACACAAAGGCUGGUUCCAAUGUUGA